AUGAGCUUCGCGAGUGUGUCGGCCGUGUACGAGGGCCCACACCUGGCGUCGCUUGACGGAUUCGCGUCGUGGAGAGCGACGUUCUUGGAUGCUGCGGGCGACCUGCGCCUCGACAAGUACUACACGGAGCCCGACUAUGAGGAUGCGAUCUUGUCCAACCUCGUCUCACCGGCCAAGACCCACCUCUUGACGAGCCGCGCCGAGUGCGCCGAGCCCGCGGUGCCCAGCAGGCUGAGUGCCCGUAAAUGGGAAAAGAAGAUGCAACACCGCGAGGCCCGCGUGCAGGAGCGAGUCGCGCUGGCCCUGGGAAAGGAAGCCGCGCACUUGAAGUGCCGUGCGGCGCGCAUCGCCCGCCUGUACCUUCUCUCUGCAUUGGGCCCACCGCUGCGCUCUGAAGCCAGCGCCCUCGCGAGCCCUAGCGCGAUCUGGUCUUGGCUCAACGCCAAGUUCUGCGGGGACACAAUGCAUGCGACGAGCACGGGGCUGGUUCGCCAGCUGCAGUGCGCCAUGCAGAUCCAGCUCGAGCGCGACGAGGACCCUGUGGUGUUCUUUGAGCGCUUUGAGAUCGCAGCCAACGCGUACGUUGUGCCGUAUCUGGCCGCUUGCGGUGGUGCCAGGGAUACGACGCAGACGUACGCAGACGUGGUUGGCGACCGCUUCCGCGUCGCGCUGCUUGCCAACGCGCUGCCACCGUAUUUGAGAGACAUGUUUGAGCAGUGGCAAGCAGGCUUUGCGCACUGGGACUACACGCGCAUCAAGCAGCAUGUCAUGAGCCAACUGGAAACGGUGCCUCGUAGUCCACCGCAGGAGCAAGUGCAGGAGGAGCUGCUUGCCAAGAAGGAGCCGAGCUGCAGCUACUGCCACUCGACGAGGCAUUCAGACGCGACGUGCGUGCAGCGCACCAAGGCGAGCCCGCGAGAUCAGCUGCCGGCUCUCAAACGCCGCAGACAGACCGCCGACGAGUCAACGCGGAUCAAGGCCGAGGGAUGCGAGCUGGCCAACGAAAUCCACGGGAUGCCAACGCCAAUGCUGCUUGCGGACAUCGACGACUUUGAGACGUGGAACGUCGGCUUCCUCGACGCGGCCGAAGAGCUCAACCUCCAUGAGUACUACACGACCAAGGACUACGAGGACCCCGACCUCGCCGACUACAUCUCGCCGGCCAAGAUGCACCUCAUCACGACCAACGCCGAGUUUGCCGAGCCGUAUUUGCACCCCAAAGAGACCACAGCCGCGUACGAGGAGGCGCUCCACCGACGAAAGAGCCUUGUCAACGACCGCAUCACGGUUGCUGUCCUGGCCGAGUGCGCGGCGAUCAAGGCGCGCACGGCUCGGCGCGCCGCGCAGCACCUGCGCUCGGCGCUUAGUCCGCGCCUCCGCGACUGCCUGCGUACAUUGCACAGUCCAUACGACAUGUGGGAGGCACUGCGCCAGAAGAGCACGGACGCCACCCGAGACAGCGACCUCGUCGAGCUAUUCGACCGCGUUUUGUCGGUGCAGGACGAUCGGCACGAGUCGGCGGGCGCCUUUUGUAGCCGGUUGGAAGACGCCAUCGACCGCUAUAUUAUGGCGCUCUUUCGACCAAUGGUGGCAUCAGCAGAGCGCGAUGCAGUCGUCGAUCGGCUCCGAGCGACGUUCCUCGCGCAGGCGGUCGGAGCCCGCUUUCAAGACACCUUGCGCGACUGGCGGCGCGGCAAUCCGUCGUGGGACUAUGGGAGUCUGAAGCAAUGGGUUCACACACACUGGCGCCUUCCUCCGCCGCUCCAAGCCUCCGAGGACGUUGGGUUCCUGAGCCGACAUCCACACAAAAGGAGCCGCGUCCACGACAGCAAUGCGGACGACGACAACACGUCGUCACCGCCUGCGAAAGCGACGCGCCGCGAGACGCAUCUCUCGACCGCAUCCGAAACGAGCGAAGGCGAGCGCGAAGAUGACGAGGAUAGCAGCCACAACAACGACGACGACGACGACCAGGAUCAAGGCCACCUCGUCGCAAAGCACGGGCGACAGUGGGCGAAAGUACUCCGGAAGGGCGUUGCGAAUAAGAUGCUGCACCCGAGCCGAACCAUGGACGGCAUUCGGAGCAAGUACAGGAAAAUGUGCAACCUCGACCCGUCCUUGAAGGCGCAAUCGUCGAAUGCCUACUACUCGGCCGCCGAGAUCGCCUUUCUCGAAAAGGCCCUCGUCAAGUACGGCAAUGACGCGCCUCGAAUCGCGGCCAAGGCGCGAGCCAGAUGCGUUUUGCCUGGUCGCACACUUGAAAGCAUCCAGAAAAAGAUCAAGCGAAUGCUCGCGGAGACGACACCCCAAACAAUCAAGAGCCAAACCAUCAUCUAGUCGACGU